CAACUUAUUAGUAUUUAAGUGCAGAAAAUAGAAUUUCCUCUUCAGUUUAUAACUUCAGUGCGUAUUGAAUGCAGGAAAACGUAACGUUGGAAAAUACGUAGCUAUUUAUAUUAAAAUGGAGGAAAAGCAUAAUAAGUUUGAAGAUGGACCUUCUUUUCCGUUAGUUCUGGAUAACAACGACGAGUUAGGUCAUUUCCGACACAGAUUCCACUUGAAGACGGACGUCAUAUACUUAUGCGGUAAUUCUUUAGGUCUUGCAUCAAAAGACGCAGAGGACGCAAUCUAUCACGCUAUGGAGGCCUGGAAGACUGAAGGAAUUGGACUCUUCUCUCUUAACGAUAGUAAAUAUUUUCUGUACUCCAAAUGUAUAGCCAAACUUAUGGCAACUCUUAUUGGGGCUGAUACUGAUGAAAUUGCCAUCAUGAAUAAUACAACUGUAAACAUACAUCAAUCCAUUAGCACGUUAUACAAACCUACUAAAGAACGAUACAAAAUUCUAGUUGACGAUGUGAACUUUCCCACUGAUAAAUAUGCUGUGGACGGACAAGUGAGGCUCAAAGGUUUGGACCCAGAAGAUGCAGUAAAAAUCGUCAAAGCGCGGGGGAAAUUUAUUCACGAACAAGACAUUAUAGAUGCAAUGACUGACGAUGUAGCUAUUGUGUUCCUACCAUUAGUUUAUUAUAGAACGGCACAAAUAAUGGAUAUGAAGACGAUAACUAAAACAGCUAACCAGCGAGGUAUAAUUGUCGGGUGGGACUUCUGUCACGCAGUGGGCGCGAUACCAAUUGACCUAAAAUCAGUAGACGUAGAUUUUGCCAUUUGGUGCACAUAUAAAUACUUAAAUGGUGGGCCUGGUGCUCCAGCUGGCUUGUACAUCAAUAGGAAACAUUUCGACAAAUUGCCAGGAUUACCUGGUUGGUACGGAAGCAAGCCCCAAACGCAAUUUUUAUUACAUCAAAACUUCGACCAUCAACAAAACGCAAGCGGUUUGCAAUUGGGAACCCCGAGUAUAAUUUCAAUGGCAGGUGUGGAAGGCUCCUUGCGGAUUUUCGAAGAAGCUGGCAUUGAGAACGUUAGAAGGAAAUCUUUACACAUUACUGCGUAUUUGAUGCAUCUGAUUGAAACGAAGCUUUUCCACUAUGGGUUUGGUAUUGGGAAUUUGAGAGAAGAUAGCAAAAGAGGUGGCCAUGUUUGUUUGGAGCACGAUGAAGGGUAUAGAAUCAGUCUAGCGUUGAAGGCUCGAAGUGUUGUAUCGGAUUAUAGGGACCCGAAUGUGAUACGCCUCACUCCGACCGCAUUGUACACCAGUUACGUGGAAGUUUAUAAAACCGUGGAGAUUCUAGUAGACAUUAUGAAGAAUAAAAGUUACGAAAUGUUUAGUGUUAAAAGGGCGAUAGUUGUGUGAAUUAUAAGUUUUGAGUAAUUGAUAAGACAGAAAUGUUUGUAUUGUAUAAUUAUAUUGAUUAAUUUGUACAAUAAUCUACUGUAUAUCUGGGUGCUAAAAAAGCAAGCAAUUCGUCCAAAAAUCAAUGUUGAAAUUUGACAUUUGCGCAUAUAAAAAGUAACUGUACUAUUCUUAUCCGCUGAAAAAGAAAGGGGCAGGUAAUCGACAGGUAUAAAAUUUAUGCAACCACGUCAAUUUUAAGCAGUAAUCUAAAACAACCGUCUAAAAAUUUUACAUCGGCCAAUAACCCGACAAACGGAUUGCAUACCAGCGAGAUGCCUAUUUUAUUUGCCCGGGUUAUUCAUUCGUUUUAAAAAUAACUUGUUGACAAUCUGUGCCUUUCAUUUUCGGCGGAUAAGAAAAUGACAGUUAUAACUUAAAAUGAAAUUAGAUGGUGUCUGCAGGAAUUAGCACCAAAUUUUUAAUUAUUUUUUUUAAGCGUUCAUAUGAGGUUGUUGACCGAUGAUGAUUUACGAUAACAGUAAACGCAAGUUAAAUAAAACAAAUUUGUGUUGGUUUUCUUUAUAUUUUAAAUUGAAAAUAGGCUUAAACUAUUUAACUUGAGCUGCGAUGUGAUUAUACGUUUCAAACAAUUUACUUGUAGUCCCUGAAUGUAGCUCGAACAAGACGAAGAUUGUAAGAAAAUGUCAUUUAUACAUAAAAAACAAGUACUAUAAUCACAUAGCAACUAACCAUUUAUAAAUUAAAAAAAUAAUUAUGUAUAAUAAUAUAACAAAAUGUCAAAAUAUCAAUUUUCCUCUGUGUU